CCUGAAUUUUCUCUGGACAGUAGAGAAAGUUACUCCAAAAAAACUGGAUAAUUCUUUUUAUACCCUUCUGUUAUGUUUCAGAAGAAAAAAUGAAUGCGCAGGUGUUACAAUAUUGUUCUCAAAAUAGUGUAUGAUAAAAUGCUGAUGCUGAAAUUUAAACUUUACCUACACACCAGGGAAAACUGUUGUGAAAAGGACGGCUGUACUCCCAGCCCAGCUAUCUACAGUAUAUUCCCCUCCACUGUCUGCAGCCUGCACUCCUCCGUGAUAAAGCUGGAGAAAGCUGGCUAAGCUAAGCUAACGACGGGUCUGGACCUUCGACCGUGAUUUACACAAAAACAAGACAAUGCUGUGCGGAUAAAACACCAUCUUACACGCCGCAGACUAGAAUAAUAGCAAACUGAAACCGCACAUCUACGAAAAUAUGCAGGGCGAUACAACCGCAUCCGACAGGCCUUGCGAUCCGAGGUGUUUCCUGAACUCGGCGGGCGGACAAGAUGAGGGGAACACGGGGCAAGGCGCGGUGGAUUUUCCGGUCGCUGUGGUCCUUCCAGCCGCUGGCUGUGGGGAACGAAUGGGCUUAACAACACCGAAACAAUUCUGCACCUUUCUUAACAGACCGCUGAUCAGCUACACCAUUGAAAGCUUCGAGAAGAUUUCCUGGAUUAAGACCAUUGUGGUUGUGGUUGCUAAGGAGAGCCAUGAACUGAUGCUCCACAUAGUAAAAACAUUUCGUCACACAAAAGUAAAGGUGGUUGAAGGGGGAACUUCAAGACAUAGGUCCAUCUUCAAUGGUCUUCAAGUUUUAACUGAGAGCACAGAGGGAUCCUCACUCCCUAGACCAAAAGUGGUCAUCAUCCACGACGCUGUGCGGCCUUUUGUGGAAGAAGACUUUCUUCUCAAAAUUACUCUGGCUGCCAAAGAGCAAGGGGCUGUAGGAGCCAUCCGUCCUCUGGUGUCAACUGUGAUUGCCACUACCUCAGAAAGCUACUUGGACCAUUCUUUGGAGAGAGCGAAGUACAGAGCCAGUGAAAUGCCACAGGGCUUUCUCUUUGACAUCAUCCAUCAGGCCUACCAGCUGUGUAGCGAGUUUGACUUCGAGUUUGGCACGGAGUGCCUGCACUUGGCCCUGCAGUACAGCGGCACAAAUGCCAAGCUCAUCGAGGGACCACCGACACUGUGGAAAGUGACUUACAAACGAGACUUGGCUGCAGCAGAGUCUGUUAUAAAAGAGACUCUCUCGCUGUCAGCAUGCCUCAUCUCAGGAACCAUGGCAGAGACUGUGGAGCUGGCCAGCAAGGUCCAGAAAAACUUGGCAGCUCACGACAUGGCAGUGGAUGUUUUCUCAUGUGCAAAGGAAUAUAAAGAGCUGCUGCUGUCCAAGACCAGGAAUUUCAUCCAGAUAACUGUUGGUGGGGGGAGGUUAUCUGACAUUGCAGAGCUGAUAAAGCUUUUGGAGGAGACAAACCAUGCCCUAUUAUAUCCAGUGGUUAUUAUAUGGGUUCAUUUAUACAUGUCUGAAGAGCAGUCCCACAGACAAAAGCCUGAUGAGCUGACUCCCAUCAUGGACCUUGCAGUGAAGGCCAAACAGGGGAAUAUUUUACUCUACGGGAUUCAAGUUAUCCACUCGAAGGUUCCUGAGCUGUGGGAGAAGUCUGCAGAGAGACUAUCAGAGCUCACUGCAGCUCUCAUCAGAGACAGAAAUCCUGCAUUUACUGGACAGCUUCUACAAGCAUAAAAUAAAUACACUAGUGCAUCUCCAAUCAUUUGAAUAUAAUUGAAAUGUUACUUUAUUUCAGUAAUUUAAUUCAAAAUGUAAAACUCAUAUAUUAUAUAGAUGUUUUACACACAGAGUGAUCUAUUUUAAGCAUUUAUUUAUUUUAUUGUUGAUGAUUAUGGCUUACAGCCAAUGAAAAGUAGAGUAUUAUAUGAGACCAAUUGGUACUUUUGGCAGUACUGUGGGCAGUGUGCCAAGUCCUGCUGAAAAAUGAAAUCUGCAUCUCCAUAAAAAUGUUCAGCAGAGAGAAGCUGUUAGAUUUUUUUGGGGAAAAAAAAGAAAUAAACACUUAAAAUAGAUCACUCAGUGUGUAAUACAUCAAUAUAAUAUGUGAGCUUAACAUUUUUAACUGAGUUACUGAAAUAAAGUAACUUUUCAAUGAUAUUCUAUUUUUUUAAGAUACACUAGUACACAUCACUCCAACCAUUCACUAAACCUACAGGACUUUCAAAACUGUACAUUUUCAAUAAAACUGAUGUAUAUA